GCGCCCGUGGUCCAAACACUUGAGACAGUCGGAAAGCAGAUCGAGAGACCGCCGGAGAAAGAAACACUUGACUGGAGGUGCAUCGCUCCAGCGGAGGAGUACGGCCAACGAGAGCACGGUCCAGAUACGACAGCGUCUUUGCUCCGUGAGAAGGUCUGGACAGGAGCAGGACGUGAGCGCUGACGGUUUGGUGCAGUCGGGUGCAGCGGGGGGGCAGAGAGGCGAGCGCAUGAGGAGAGGGCGUCCCGAGACCCCUGUCUCCACACUCCGUGCUCACACACACACGUUCACAGACACACCGCGCCUUGCAACCCUCCAGCCGCCAUGAGGUCCAUUCGGUCGUUCGGGAACGAUGACCGUCACGUCAUGGCCAAGCACUCCACCAUCUACCCUUCCUCUGAGGCCUUGGAGGCGGUGCAGAGCCUCGUCUCCACCGUGGAGCGCGCCCUGAAACACGUCUCUGAUUGGAUGGACCAAACUCAAGCCAGCCAAUCAAAUCAACCAAAUUCAUCCAGCACACAGGAGGAGGGGACGGAGGCCAGCGCGGACGAAUCGCCAGAAGGCAGCACAAACGAGGACAGCAGCUCUAGUAGCAGUCCCAGUGAAGGACAGGUGUUGUGUGGCGUGAUGAGGAUCGGUCUGGUGGCCAAAGGCCUCCUGAUUAAAGAUGACAUGGAUCUGGAGCUGGUGCUCAUGUGCCGAGAGAAGCCCACCGAGACUCUGCUGUGCACCGUCUGUGACAACAUCCCGCUGCAGAUCGAGAAGUUGACAGAGGAGAAGUAUGAGGUACAGAGCUCUAUUCCAGAUGCCGCCAUCUUGGUCCGCACCACAACAGACCCCAAACUCACGCUGAAGGUGACACUCACCUCCCCACAGAUGCAAGACGACGGCGAGACGGAGGAGCAAGAGAGCGUUGAGUCGAGCGAGCCGGCGGACCUGUUGGAUAGACAGAGGUGCCUGGUGGCGUUGGCCUCUCUGCGACAUGCCAAAUGGUUCCAGGCUAGAGUUAACGGGCUAAAGUCGUGCGUGAUUGUCUUGCGAAUACUGAGAGACAUGUGCAAUAGAGUCCCGGCGUGGGAACCUCUGAAAGGAUGGCCUUUGGAGUUAAUAUGUGAGAAGGCCAUCGCCACGUGUAACAGACCUCUGGGAGCAGGAGAGGCUCUGCGCCGGGUCAUGGAGUGUCUCGCCUCCGGCAUACUGCUUCCAGGUGGACCAGGCCUGCAUGAUCCCUGUGAGAAGGAGCUGACGAACACCCUGUCGGCCAUGACGGAUGAGGAGGCGGAGGCCAUCACGUACAACACACAGCAUGCUCUGCGGCUCAUGGCCUUUGGGCAGAUCUAUAAGGUCUUAGAAAUGGACCCUCUCCCCUCAAGUAAACCUUCACAGAAAUUCCCCUGGUCAGAUAAAGAAGGUCUAGGGCUGAAGAGACCUUAUGAAGAUGGUCUGCUGGACGACAAAGACCUCAUCAAGAAGAUGAAACGCAACCUGAGAAAAGCAGUUCUUGACAGUAAAGCAAUAGACUCAAAUCAACCCAUGAAUGCUCUGAUGCGCUUGAACCAGAUCCGGCCGGGGCUGCAGUAUAAACUGCUGUCUCAGUCAGGUCCGGUUCACGCCCCCGUCUUCACCAUGUCUGUAGACGUCGACGGCACUGUUUACGAAGCCUCUGGCUCCUCUAAGAAGACCGCCAAGCUGCACGUGGCUGUAAAGGUGCUACAGGCGAUGGGUUACCCCACAGGCUUCGACACAGACCUGGACUCCAUGAGUGCAGAUGAGAAGUCGGACGGGGAGGGCAAGAGCGAGACGUCCACACACUCAAGCAAUAACACAUCACACUCCUCAGACAGCUCCAACACGUUGGAGGUGCGAACUCAGGGUCCUAUUUUGACGGCCAGCGGGAAGAACCCAGUCAUGGAGCUGAAUGAGAAACGUCGCGGGCUGAAGUACGAGCUCAUCUCAGAGAGCGGAGGAAGUCACGACAAACGCUUCGUCAUGGAGGUGGAAGUGGACGGGCAGAAGUUUCGUGGCGCAGGGCCCAAUAAGAAAGUAGCCAAAGCCAGCGCUGCCCUCGCGGCUCUAGAAAAACUCUUCUCCGGGCCUAAUGCUGCUGGCAACAAGAAGAAAAAAAUAAUCCCUCAGAGUAAAGGGGCAUUAGCUGCAGCUGCUGCUGUGUCUGCCGUCGCGGUCCAGGCAGCACGAGGACGAGGAAGACCCACCCUCACACGAGGAGCCUUCAUCAGCGCUGCGGCAGCACCUGGAUACGUCACACCAGGCUUCGGAGCCCCAUACGGGUACAGCGCAGCGGCCGCCACUCCUGCAUACGGUUUGCCCAAGAGAAUGCUUCUGUUGCCCGUCAUGAAAGUGCCCGCCUACCCCGUCCCUCACUACUCUUUCUUUUAGCUCAGGAGCCUACUUUACACACACAUACACAACGUAAAUGUACGUGGGAAGGGAAGGUCAGAUAGCACAGCCCUAUCAUAUAUAGGGACAGCUAUAAGGGUAUUUGUGAAGUGCUUUUUAUUUGAUCAUCACAUUUUUUGUUCUCUUACUGUCUUCUGGUUUUAAGCAAAUACAGGUUUUAUGUUCUUCAGAAAGAAAACUUGAAGGAUUUGUACUGUGAAUUAUUACCUCAUUCUUGGAAAUUUAAAUUAUAUCAGCCUCUUGUUAUCAUGGUUGUGUUUUUCUUGUAGUAUGGAAAUAGGCUGUCACGACAGGCUUAAUCUAUGUACGCAUAUCAGGAGCUGUGUUUAAGAUGUAUAGAUCUAAUUCAUACUACUGCUAACAAAUAAACAUUUAUCUUCAUGAA